AUGUCGAUUGAAUUAAACUGGGAGACACUCACGAGUGGUCCCGAUGGUGACGCUCUCGCUGAACGCAUCCGGGAAUUCGUCCACGAUAAAUUCCAGACGGUCCCACUACCCAAAUUCAUCCGCUCAGUAACAGUACACGGUUUCGACUUUGGAACUAUCCCUCCAACACUCGAGCUCAAAGACAUUACGGAUCCAUUGCCGGAUUUCUACGAAGAAGAUUUGGAUGAUGAUGAGGAAGAUAGCGAAGAGGAACCGUCGCCUCCACCGCCACCUCCGGAACCUACGAGGAUGAGGCCUGGUCCUGCGCCGUGGGGAGGAUCCACGAGGAGAGGUGGUGGGUUGAGAAGUGAGGUUUUGAGAAAUGAAAUGAUGGGUCAUGACUUGGGAAGUCCUUUCCUGGGAACUUCAACGCCGGGAAUUCUGGGAGGAUCGGGUUUGGGCUACUUUCAGAGUCAUCUUGGUACAGGCACACAUACGCCUUUGGCUGCUGUUGCAAGUGCACAUCACACCAACUGGAUGAGUGUCCCAGGAACUCCGGCACGCGAAUGGGGGACUCCGAGUCACACCCGAAACCCAUCACAGAGCAGUCUUACAUCUGUGGACAACUUCAAAGCUAGUCUCGAUCCGCUGCAGAGUCUGCGUGAGAAAGGAAGUGUGUCUACGCUUGCACCUACGUCAGUCGAGGCGUCUCGGCCACCGACAAGGGAUACACAUCUUGGCGGUUCAGCGAUUGUUGAUGAUGAAGAAGAGGAGGGAGAGGAGGAAGCUGGACGACGACCGCGGGAGCCUCGUGUGGAGGAUGUGCAGGCUGUCUUUAGGAUACGCUACAACGGCGAUAUUCGAUUGAACCUUACAGCGGAGAUUUUACUCGAUUAUCCCAUGCCUAGCUUCGUGGGCAUCCCGCUCAAGCUUAACAUCACUGGGUUGACAUUUGACGGCGUGGGUGUACUGGCGCAUAUUCGCAAGCGUGUGCACUUUUGCUUCCUUGGUCCAGAUGAUGCGCUUGCAGCUGUUGGCCCUGACGACACGGAGGAGGAUUCCAAGGGUACUACUGGCGCUGCAAAGAACGAGCAUCACAAGCCGAGAUUCGGUGGUCUUUUACAGGAGAUUCGUGUAGAAAGCGAGAUUGGUGAACGAGUUGGUGGAAAACAAAGUCUGAAGAACGUGGGCAAGGUUGAGAGAUUCGUGCUCGAUCAGGUCCGAAGGAUCUUUGAGUCCGAAUUCGUGUACCCCAGCUUCUGGACUUUCCUGGUGUAA